AUGAUUUUUUGGGCAAAGGUGGCGAUCUUUGACGCGACCAACACCACCGAGGAGCGGCGGCGGCUGCUGAUCGACACCUUCCAUGGCAAGUUCCAGUACAUGUUCAUCGAGUCGAUCUGCAACGACACCGAGGUGCUGCAGUCAAACUACAGGUACAAGAUGAGGUUCUCACCCGACUACCAGGGCGUUGACACCGAGGCGGCCCUGAGUGACUUUUUGGAGCGGAUCCGCAAGUACGAGCAGGUGUACGAGCCCAUCUCUGACAGGAGGCUGCACUACAUCAAGCUCAUCGACAUGUGA